GGCUCCAGGCUCCGUAGUACGACACACUCGCGCUCUGCGCACUUAACACACUCGCGCUCUACAUACUCAACUUGCACUCGCGUUCAACCCGAACUCUCGCACUUGCAAUUCCUCAACCGAGACUGAAAUAAAAUUGCUUCAGAGAGACUAAUUAUGUUAUUGUGCGCGUAAAUAAUUGAUUAUUAUACCUGUAGUACUAAAAAGUGACAACUUUGGGGGUAACACUGAACAUCAUUAGGGUUGUUGAGGUCGACUAUUUGGUAACGUAGCUGUGACUGGGUAAGGUAACGAGGUGGGCAGAGAAGAGCACUAGCUAAUGUGGUCCCAGCUGGCCACGACGGACCACCACCACCUGUACACCAUGCCUCCUGUCAUCCACCAGGGCUCACCCGUCUCUCUCUCAUCCAUCACCGAGGAAGAGGAGGUUGAGAGCGUGGAGGCGCUGCUGGUGAUGAACAAGCUGAAGAGCGUGCUGUACCGCGGGGUGGAGCGGUACCUCAACUGUGAAGCCUUCCUCAUCUCCCGCUCCACACUACUUAGGGCGGCCCAUGACGUGCUGAGGCUGAGCUGUGACCGGCCCCUGGGCCUCCGUAGCUCCCUGGUCGAGCUUUACCUCCACGACGGUCACUCCUCCAAGAGGCUGGCGCAGGUGGUGGCGGACCCGCGGCAGGAGGUGAAGACCGUGAUCAAACUGACCCUCCACAAGGACCUCAACACGCCGGACCACAACACUCUCCGCAUACACUCCGGCUACACCAUGGAGCGCCACUGCCUCCCGUGAUCACUUACCUCCUCAUCUUGUGUCAUACGCCGUGAAGGUUCUGCAAAAGUUUGCAUUUUCCUAAAUGCUUAAACGCAUUAGGGGUUGGAUGAAUCAUUGUUAUGACUGAUGAUACAUUUACGUCACCUUAGUGUAUUUUGAGAGUGACAUGACCAUUAACAUGACCGCUUCAAGCUGGGGUUUCACCUGGGCUAAUAUGAUCCUCUCUACCAGAAAAAUGUGACAAACAAGUCAAUUGUUCCAUCAUACCAAGCACUGGCAGAGUGUGCAGGCCACAAAUAUAAUGUGUUCCAUCUUCAGCUGCUGUGGUAAAAGCUAUACAGGUGUGUAUUGAAUACACUAAUUAACCGAUCCUCUUGAUGGGUGCAGGAGAGAAGCAAUCUAAUAAAAGUGCCUUCGCCUGGUCCAUGACUUGGGCCCUCCUGUAGUACCCUCACCUGGUCCAUGACUUGGGCCCUCCUGUAGUACCCUCACCUGGUCCAUGACUUGGGCCCUCCUGUAGUACCCUCGCCUGGUCCAUGACUUGGGCCCUCCUGUAGUACCCUCACCUGGUUCAUGACUUGGGCCCUCCUGUAGUACCCUCACCUGGUCCAUGACUUGGGCCCUCCUGUAGUACCCUCGCCUGGUCCAUGACUUGGGCCCUCCUGUAGUACCCUCACCUGGUCCAUGACUUGGGCCCUCCUGUAGAAUACAGCUGUAUUGCCCCAUAUAAAAAUUGACAAGAAGCUUCAUAUUGUCUUGUUUGAAGAACAAACGUUAUAAUUGUGUUAUGAUAAUAUCUACAGCUACAACCUAUGGUAUUAAAAAUGGCUACUGCUAAUCAUAUCUGGAAUAUAUAUAUAUGUAUGACACUAGGAGGCACAAGGUGUUACUCCAGCAGUGAAAGAAUAUCGCUUUCUCUCUGAAGCAGUUUUUCCGCAAUAUAUUAGCAAAUUAUUUGUUAGGUAAUAUGCAGGAAACUAACUAAUGCACCGACAUAUUGGUGAAGUGUAACCAGAUUAUGUUGACCGCCAUGUGAACUUUUAAGCAGCUAACAUGCAUUAAUACAUGUUGACCAAACCACACACUAGAAAGUGAAGGGACGGCGACGUUUCGGUCCGUCCUGGACCAUUCUCGACUUGAAAACACAAUCGACUUGAGAAUGGUCCCAGACGGACCGAAACGUCGUCGUCCCUUCACUUUCUAGUGUGAUUUGGUCAACAUAUUUCAGCCACGUUAUUGUGACUGCUCAUCUGCAUUUAAUACAACUAUGUUUUCCAUGUAUGACAGUUACCCUGAAGUGUUGAUAGCAGUUCACUGAUUCAACGGGGCAAUGUCUGUAUAUCGUGAGUGUGUCAGUGUCUCCCUGUCUCAGUAUACAAGUUCUUGGUGUAAAUUGUCUGCACUCUCUAGAAGAUGACAUAGCUCCUUUAUCUGUCCUGCAGUCUAUAGUCCAGCGGACCCUUAGCCUGGCGGACCCUUAGCCUGGCGGACCCUUAGCCCGACGGGCCCUUAGUCCGGCGGACCCUUAGCCCGACGGACCUUUAGCCCGGCGGACCUUUAGCCCGGAGGACCCUUAGCUCCGCGGACCUUUAGCCCGGCGGACCCUUAGCUCCGCGGUCCUUUAGCCCGGCGGACCCUUAGCUCCGCGGACCUUUAGCCCGGCGGACCUUUAGCCCAGCGGACCCUUAGCCUCGCGGACCUUUAGCCCGGCGGACCCUUAGCUCCGCGGACCUUUAGCCUGGCGGACCUUUAGCCUCGCGGACCUUUAGCCCGGUGGACCCUUAGCUCCGCGGACCUUUAGCCCGGCGGACCUUUAGCCUCGCGGACCUUUAUAAAGCCCGGUGGACCCUUAGCUCCGCGGACCUUUAGCCCGGCGGACCCUUAGCUCCGCGGACCUUUAGCCCGGCGGACCCUUAGCUCCGCGGACCUUUAGCCCGGCGGAGCCUUAGCCUUGCGGGAUCAUAGCCCAAGGACACGUGCAGGCCAAGAGACUUAUAGCUCGCGGGAUCCCAAGCCCGGCGCAGGUGGACCGAUGACACCUGACCAAUAUACUCGCCCAUCGGGGAAACACUAAAAAGAAAAAAUCUGUAGUCAUCCCACACUCACAGGCAGCGGUGCCACGUCUUGCAUCAACACCCCACACUCACAGGCAGCGCUGCCACGUCUUGCAUCAACACCCCACACUCACAGGCAGCGCUGCCACGUCUUGCAUCAACACCCCACACUCACAGGCAGCGCUGCCACGUCUUGCAUCAACACCCCACACAGUGUACUCUGUGUAAAGAUAGAAGAACAUUAUGUAUCAGAUAAUUAUACAAAACCCAGCUGGUAUAUUUUAUUGCAAUUUUUGUCUCAUACAAAAGCCAGAUAAUGUAAUAAAAUGUUAAAAAAUUUCAGUAAUGCAAGAAUAAACAAAUUGUAUUACAUUGUAACAAAGUAGUAUUGUUAGUACUUGUUAACUUUUAUUUUGCACUCUGGUGAAUGAGUACCUCGGUGUGUGUGUAUACUCUGGUGAAUGAGUACCUCGGUGUGUGUGUAUACUCUGGUGAAUGAGUACCUCGGUGUGUGUGUAUACUCUGGUGAAUGAAUAUCCUAUUGUGUGUAUUCUCUGGUGAAUGAGAACCCCAGUGUGUGUAAACUAGUGAAUUAAUAUCCUAUUGUGUGUAUGCUCUGGUGAAUGAGUACCGUAGUGUGUGUAUACUCUUGUAAAUUAGUAUCCCAUUGUGUGUAUACUCAGAUGAAUGAAGACCUCAGUGUGUAUAAUUUAGGCAUUUACAUAACAUUGUAUAUAACAAUCAUUCACUCACUUGUUCUGUGUUUAUAUGUCAUUACAUUCUGUGUAUAUAUAUGUCAUGUUUGCCAACCAUCGCCCACACUUGCACAUGUGUGGGUACGUGCGGGUUCUCACACCUGCACAUGUGUGGGUGCGAGUUCCCACACCUGCACAUGUGUGGGGUGCGGGUUCCACGAGAUGCAGAACUCUCAGGAACAGCCUGUCAGAGAUCGAUGUGUGAUCAAUUGCUCAAAGUUCCACUGUAGUCUCACCACCAUUUUGUGUAAACCUUAUUUUGAAAAAAAAUACUUUUGUAAUUUACUAAAAAGAUUUUUUACGGAUA